AUGCACUCCAAGCUGCUCGUCGCCGCCAGCCUCUCGGCCUUGGCGAACAACGCCAUCGUCUCGGCAGCCGAUAGCGAGCGUAUCCUCGGCGUCUACGUCUUCCACCGCCAUGGCGACCGCACUGCCAAGGCCUGGUCCCCCGUCAACCUCACGGCCCUCGGCGCCGACGAGGUCCACUCGUCGGGCGCCUUCUACCGAUCCCGCUACGUCUCGUCCAACGCAGACUUCCGCGUCGCCGGCUUGAGCUCCGAAACCGCCGUCCUCUCCCAGCUCGAGGUCACCGCCCCCAAGGAUGCCGUCCUCCACAACUCGGCCCUCACCUUCCUCCAAGGCCUCUACCCCCCCACCGACUCGACCGAGGCGCUCGCCAACGGCACCAAGGUCAAGGCGCCUCUCAAUGGCUAUCAGUACAUCCCCAUUGACUCCGUCAGCGAUGCCGCCACCAGCAACAAGGCCGAGAGCAACGCCUGGCUCCAGGGCGGCAGCGGAUGCGGCAAUGCCGUCGUCAGCUCCAACAACUACUUCACCUCGCCCGACUACAAGCAGACGUACGACGACUCCAAGAGCUUUUACCAAAGUCUGCUGCCCGUCAUCAACGGCACCUACGGCGCAGACGCCGCCAACUUCAAGAAUGGCUACACGAUCUUCGACUUGAUCAACGUCGCCACCAUCCAUAACUCGUCCAUCUCUGCUGAUGACCUUCUUACCAACGCGACCCUUGCGCGCCUCUACAACCUUGCGUCAAUCCACGAGUGGAACCUCGCCUACAACUCGAGCGAGCCCGUCCGUGCCAUUGCCGGAUCCGUCCUUGCCGGCCAGAUCAUCGACGCCCUCCAGCCCAUCGUUGACGGCAAGUCGGCCACCCCCAAGUUCAACGCCCAAUUCGGCGCCUACGGCACCUUCAUGGCCUUUUUCGGCCUUGCCCAGCUGCCCAAGGCUUCGCCCGACUUCUACGGCAUUUGCGACUACGCCUCCAGCAUGGCCUUUGAGCUCUUCACCACCUCGUCUGAUGCCAAGCCCAAGGCCGACGACAUCAGCGUCCGCUUCCUCUUCGCGAACGGCACUGCCGCGGAGAAGGGCAUCAAGACCUUCCCCCUCUUCGGCCAGAACAAGGACACGCUCUCCUGGAACGAUUUCAAGACGGGCAUGUCCAAGUUUGCCAUUUCGGACACCCCGCACUGGUGCCAGCUCUGCGGCAACACCGACGGCAAGUGCGCCUCGAACUCAACGGGCUCGGGCGGCGACGUCGGCCAGAACUCGACGGGCUCCGGCAGCGGCGGCGUCAGUAAGCCCGUCGCCGGCGUCAUCGGCGCGCUCGUCACCCUCGUCGUCAUCUUGGGCAUCCAGGCUCUCGUCAUGGCCAUUGGGGGCCUGCGUCUCGUCAAGAAGUCGACUCUGGCAGGUGCUCGCCGGAACGGAGAGGUGAGCGAGGUUGGCGGAGUCAAGUCUUCAUGA